AAUUUGGAUGUUAAGGCGCCGAAACUCAUUGUGUACAUUUGACAUCUUUUUAAUUCUUUGCUUGUUAAUUUAUUUCUAAUUUAUUACAAUUGAAUUAAUUCUUGUUCUUAAUCAUUUUCUUUUAAUCAACUUGUUUCCACCAUGGAAGUUAGAGCGUCACGCCGCCCUAAACGUGAAGUUGAGGGUAAAAAGUCUGCUAUUAAAGCGGCUCUGGAUAAAUUAUCUCGUGUUCGGAAAGGAAUCGCUGAAGAUAAAUAUAAUAUGAAGGAAGAAGAGAAUCUUUUCAUUGAAGGAGAAGAAGCUGGUCAAUCUGAUGAUGAUGAUUUCCUGGUCGAUGAUACACCAAGUAUAAAGACUUUUUUCUCGAAAAGGAAAAAGAGUGGUUAUGAUAGUGAAUCCGAUGAGGACGAUUAUUAUGAUGACGAUGAAGAGGAUCUUCAGGAAAAAGUGAAAUCAAAGAAAAUCAAACCACCUAAACCUUCAGCUAUGGUUAAACCAAUAAAAGUUGAAGAACCAGAGGAAAUUGAAGAAAAUUCCGAUGAUGCUUAUGAAAUUAUGGCAUCAGCUUCGAAACGCUUGAAGGGUAUGUUUGGUUCCAAAAAUAAUACUCCACAAUCAUCGGAUCGCCGACGUUCAGCUCUUCUCAAGCCAUUGGAAGCUUCAAGAAGUCCUUCGCAAAAAAGAAAACUCGACCAAGACUCUACCGAUUCUACCAAAUCUAAGACCAACAGUUCAACAGCGAUGGAAAGAAAAAAGGUCAAAAUCGACUUUGAUUCUAUCCAACAACCAGAACCAAUCAAGUUGUUUGAAGAGGAGCCUGAUAAUUUUGGUUUAAAUGAUGAAUUGGAUGAUGGACCCGAUAUUCCUAUCGAUUUUGGUGGUGAAGUUGAAUCUUGGACAUUUGGUUUGAAAGGAAUUGCCGAUGAAGAAAAUGUCACGCAAACAAUUGGUAAAGAUUUGACUUUCUUCACCGAUAAAGAUGGUGUUACACACUUAAAGAUGUAUUGGCUUGACGCUUUUGAGGAUACAUCCAUUCACGCUGGAAGGGCCUACAUCUUUGGGAAAAUUAAGGUUAAAUCUGAUGCUAAAUCAUCAGGUGAUUACAUUAGCUGUUGUUUAAUUGUUGAGAAUAUAAGUAGAAAAGUUUAUCUACUUCCAGCCAUGAGAGGAGAUAAUCGAAUCCCUGUAGCUGAAGUACACAAAGAAUUCACCGAGAAAAUUGCUCCCAAAUAUAAGAUUAAGCUCUACAAGACUCGAAAAGUUACAAAAUUUUAUUCAUUCGAUCAAGCCGAUGUUCCCUAUCAAGCUGAUUAUUUAGAAGUCGUUUAUGGUUCUAAUUACUCUGCACUUUCUCCUGAUUUGAAGGGUGAAACUUUCAACCGAGUUUUCAACACAACACAAACUCCAUUGGAAAGGAUGAUUCUCGAAGUGAAUUUAAAGGGACCUGGUUGGAUUCGUGUUAAGAAUUUACAAUUGGUUCAUAAUCAAGUCUCUUGGUGUAAAAAGGAAUUUUCUGUGGACUAUUCGCCGAAAAAUAUUUCUGUGGAGACUAAUGAUGUUACCAUCCCACCUUUACUUAUCGCCUCUCUCAAUAUGAGAACUCAUCUUAAUCAAGUUGUUGCUCUUUCUUGUUUUGUGAAAAAAGAUUAUCAAAUCGAUGCUGGUAUACCAUCUAGUCCAUUAGACCUUAAUCUUAGUUUUUGUUUGGUCACUUCUCCGACUGGUCAAACCCUACCAGUUGAAUUUAAAAGAGCUGCUAAAAAGUUUAUUAAAGGCCACGAAGAUUUGAUCAAAAGCUAUGACAAUGAACAGUACAUGUUAAAUCAGUUCUUGGUUAACUUUGGUAAACUUGACCCUGAUGUUAUUAUUGGUCAUGAUUCAGCUUUUGAUUUGAAUACAAUCUUAACUCGACAAUCACAUUUUAAUGACAAAGUAAAUUGGUCACGAUUGGGUCGUCUCAGGAGAACCAGAAUCAUCCUCUCCAAAUCAAAUCGAGAUCGAAUGGCACUUACAGCUGGUCGAUUAGUUUGUGACAUUAAGGUGAUGGCCAAAGAGUUCAUUCGGACUCAAAGUUAUGAAUUGGAUGGAUUGAUUGCCCAUUUAUUGAAAAAAGAGCGACUCAUUGGACCCAAAUCAGUGCCUGAAGCUUAUUCUAACUGUAAAAAUCUUUUCAGUUUUGUCAAUGCUCUUCUAGCUGAUAACAGAUUCAUCAUGAGUAUGAUGUAUGAACUCAGUGCUCUCCCAUUGGCAAUGCAAAUAACCAAAAUUGCAGGUAAUCUUUUCUCACGAACUCUUAUGGGUGGAAGAGCUGAACGAAAUGAGUAUUUGCUUUUGCAUGCUUUCAAUGAGAAAAAUUUUAUCCUCCCCGAUAAAGUGAUGAAAAAAUACAACGAUCCAAAAGCCGAUGAAUUAGUCGUUCUGGGAGAGAAAAACUCUGAGGCCGUUGUGGCUGGUAAAAAGAAAGCUGCUUAUUCUGGUGGAUUAGUUUUAGAGCCUAAAGCUGGAUUUUAUGACUCACAUAUCUUGCUGAUGGACUUUAACUCUUUGUACCCAUCAAUUAUUCAGGAAUACAAUAUUUGCUUUACAACUGUGAGUAAACGUCGUGUCAAGAUUGAUGAAAAUGGCGAUGAAAUCCCAGAAGUUCCUGAUCCCAGUAAACCCUGUGGCAUUUUACCAACGGAGAUUAAAAAGUUGGUUGAAGGCCGUCGUGAGGUGAAACGAUUAAUGUUACAAGAAAAAUCAGCCGAUCUUCAUGAGCAAUUAAAUGUUAAACAAACGGCUCUCAAAUUAACUGCUAAUUCCAUGUAUGGUUGUCUUGGUUUUACUCAAUCUCGUUUUUAUGCUAAACCUUUGGCCGCUUUGAUCACUUACAAAGGUCGAGAAAUUUUGAUAAACACCAAAAAUCUGGUCGAAUCUCUUGGUCUAGAGGUAAUUUAUGGUGAUACCGAUUCUAUUAUGAUUAAUAUCGCUAAUUGUACUGAUUACGAUGAUGUUAUGAAAACUGGUCGAAAAGUACAAGCUGAAGUCAACAAGAUCUAUCGACUAUUGGAGAUUGGUAUUGAUGGUGUUUAUAAGCCCAUGUUGUUGUUGAAGAAAAAAAAAUAUGCCGCAUUAGCAUUGACUCGAGAUAAAAAUGGUGUAAAGAAAAAAUUGGAAAUGAAAGGUUUGGACAUAGUUCGUCGAGAUUGGUCAUUAGUCGCAAAAAGAGCUGGUGAGCUAGUAUUGAAAGAGAUUCUUUCUGAUAAAUCUAAUCAAGAAGUUGUUGAUGCAAUUCACGAGAGAUUGAAGAAAAUCUCUGAUCGUAUAAAAGAAAACAUAUUCACCCCUGAGCAGUUGAAAGAAUUUGAAAUAAUCAAAUCUCUUACCAAAAAUCCCGAAGAUUAUCAAGAUAAAAAAGGUUUAAUCCAUGUGAAUGUUGCCCUCCGACGGAACGCUAGUGAUAAAGUGGAAAGGAAAUUCAAAGCGGGUGAUAUUGUGCCUUACGUGAUUUGUGUCGACGAAAGUAACAAGGAGUUUAUGGCCUUACCCUCCACGCAAAGAGCUUUUCAUCCCGAUGAACUUAAAGAAAAUCCUUCGUUAAAAAUUGAUUCCAAUUAUUACAUAAGCCAACAAAUACUUCCGGUUAUUUCUCGUCUUUGUGAACCCAUCGAAGGAACUGAUAGUCACAUCAUGGCGGAAAUUAUGGGCGUCGAAUCAACCGGAUUGCAUCGUAGUUCUCGAGAGGAAUUGGAAAAUGAAGUUCCACUUGAUGAAGAAAUGAAAUUCGAUGCCUAUGAAGCAUUUAAAAUACUUUGUCCAAAUGACAAUUGUGGUAAAUUGAUUGAGUUCCGAGAUCAAUUUAGAAUUGAUUCUGUUACCAAGAAACGAAUCAAUUUAAGUCUCGCUCGAUGUCCUCAUUGUAACAUUGAUCUUACUCUCGAAAAGUUUGAGAAUCGAAUCAUCAAUAAUUUCAUCCUCAACUUACGUAAUAAGUGUGAUGAAUUCACAAAGAAUUGGAUAAAGUGUAUUAAUUGUUCAUUCAGAACUCGCUGUUGUUGGGGAUACCAGAGAGGAUUGAAAAAGAUUCUCGAAUGUCCAAAAUGUAGUGAAGACAUGGACCAGGAGGUGACUGAUAAAAACUUUCACUAUCAACUUUUAUUUUAUGAAACUCUUCUUGAUCGAGAAGGAGCUUUAAAUUCAUUGUCAAGUGCAUCCGAAAAAGCUGAAUUGGAGACGAAAACUGCUUCAUGUACCUCUUUGUACCAAUCGCUCUACCAAUUAGUCCGCUCACUCCGUCUCACAAUGUCUUAUACCGAUGUUAAUCUUUCCAACAUUUUCCAUUCCCAAUUGUUCAGUUGCAUUAAAAAGCAGAAUAAAAAUUGACCGCUGGUCAAUUUUCACCGAUACUCGAGUGAUGACCAAGCCUAAAGCUUAUAUUAUGUUGUUUAUUAAUGAAAAUCCUAAUCACUUUACAUGAUGAUUAAUCUUGUAUUCGCUUAAAAAUCAAUCAGUUCAUUUGUGUGUAUUUUUAAUCCAAAUUUGUAUUUCAUUUAUUAAUUUCCACCUUUCAAUUUAAUCAUUCUCAUUGUACAAAAGUAAAACUAAUCAUCUUCACGUUGAGAACAAAAAAAUUAUCAAAAGUUAACAACUGAAGACUUCAUCUCAUCAAAUGUAAAUCAAUCCAUUCAUCACCAUAAGAACAAAAAAAAAUACAACCAAACAUUAUCAUUACCAAUAAGCCUCAUCUUAAUGAUCAUUUAACAAAAACCUUCUGAUAACAAUUAAAGGAAAAUCACGUUAAUUGUCAA